AUGAUUUUUAAAAACGAAGAUGACUCAGAAAAUGAUGACGAAAUGAAAGCUCAUAAAAAAAGAUAGAAAUUAGAAAAUUAAGAAAAAGAAAAAGAAAAACAAAGUACAAGGCAAAUAAUGAUGUCUAAAAAGAAAACGAAUAAAGGCCCUUUGCUUUUAGAUAGGCUCUUAAUAUCUAAGAAAGGAUUGCAAGUAAAUGAAUAGGACUAAGAGUUAUCUGAUUCAGAGAGAGAACUUGUACAAGUCAGAAAUGAGUAAAUACAUUAGAUUUAUUAUCGGUUAAAUAGGAUGAAGCAUUACAAUAAGAUCCAGAUAGAUUUGCUUAAUCCUGUUCCAAAAAUGAUGAACAAAAAAGAGUAAAAGCCAAAGACUAUAGAGGAAGAACUCUUCAACAAAGACGAGCAUAUUUAAAGCAACAAUGAUAUUAAGAGGAAGUGGUAUAUCUAGAACUUAAAUAACUUAAGAAAAGUUGAAAAGAGAUUUAGGGGAAUUUACUUGCAAUUAGAAUUCUAAGACUUAGAUGAAUUUCAAAAAGGAGAAAAAUAUUUUGCUCAAGAUCUAUGGGUUGGCAAGUCUCCUGAUGAGGUAAAGAGGAAUAAUAGAAAUUCAGGCUUUUAGACUAACCAGAACUUUUCAAGAACUCUGUCACUAAAUAGUGAUCUAAAUUUGCAUAUGACAAAUCCAUCAUUCAGAGAAGUAUCAACAAUAGGAAUGUCUGGUAUUCCAAGAAUAGUUGGAGGGAAUUAGAGCACUGUAAACCCCAGAUUAAUGAAUUAAAGAAUACACUUGAAAAACUAAAAGGAGGAGGCACAAAAUACAGUUAUAGUUACUAAUAAGGAGAAAAGAAACACCCAAUCAUAGAUUAACUAAAGAAAAAUGAAGAAAAACAAAGAUAUAAAUAUAGUUGAAGAUUUGAUGAAAUAAGAUAAUGAAAAUAAUGACUAUUUUGUCUUGGAAUAAGGAGAAGCUGUAUCUAAGAAUUCAAAGUCAAUUUAUAAAAAGAGUAAUAAUGACAAUCAUAGGCAUGGUCUCACUACAGCAAUGUCUAUCAAUUCUAACUAAACUCCUAUUACCAAUAUGAAACAUCACAAUGCACAUAGAAUGGCUGAUAUAAACAGUGAGCCUACAUUGUUUAAUAGUGUUUAAGAAAAUGAGAAUGAAUUUUCGAGGACUCGAUAAAUGCUUCAAACUUAGGGAGGCUAGAGGUAGACUUUUUAGUCAAACUUGUCUGCCUACAAAUUCCCUUAGAUAAAUGAUUUUCAAAAAACAUUGCCUUAUGGUUAUUUGAUUAGUUAAAAUCCAAAAAAGCCGAUGACUUCUUAAGGAAUGAAAAAAAGCUAGUCUCAAAAAGUUGUUACAGCUUAAGUAUCAGAAACAGAAUCAAAUAAUGAGGUGAAACUUCACUUAAGAUAGCAGCCUAAUCUUAAAAAUUAGCAAGAAAUUGAAAAAUUACUGAAUAAGCUUAAGUCCGGCCAGAUAUCUCACGGAAGUUAAGCAUACUAAAGUUCAAUGUUUAAGUUUUAGAAUGUCUAUAAUCUCAAGAAGCCAGUUAGGAGAAACAUUGAUAAAUUCAUCAAAAAAGGUGCUGACAAUAACAAUAAUUUAAUCGUAGAUAGAACUGAAACCCUUUGA